UUGAUCAAGGGGACUGCAUGUCAGCAAAUAUCCUUGUCCAAAUGGAGAUGAUGCUGCAGUGUCAUAUUCAACAGCUUCAGCACAUGUAUCAGUAAAGAAGGUUGAUGAUCGCCGCAUCUUUUGAUGAUCUUUCUUUUCAUUUUUCCCCCUAAAAAGCGUGAAAGACACAGUGGAUCCCUGCUGACACUCUUUCCUCCACCAUGGCAAUUCUAUCCAGAAAAUAGUGCAAUGCAAAAUAAAUCUUUUUUCUAUUCCUGGAAAGCCAGUGACAAUGCGGCAGAAAGUUAACUUUACUGAGCCUUGUAUUUCCACGACUAGACGGAGCACAUCGCUUGCAUCACUCAAAUCAUGAUGUCCUCCACUAUCCAUUGAAGUAUUCUCCGUACCAAUAAUGUUGCAGCGCUCAUCAACUGUCUCACCGUAUUAGGAGUUUGAGAGUUGUGGAUAAAUAUAUAAUCAAUAAUGAGUUUAGGGAGAUUGACAUGGCUUUGCCCAAGAAUGUAGUCAGAAUUGCACAUUAUUUUUAGAGUUUAAAAUUAUAAUUAGAAAAGAUCUUGAAUUCAUUGACAGGGUCAACAGUAGCUGGACACCUCUCCCUUGUCUGUGAAUCCCAUAAACUCUCUCACCCUCUCUCUACUGUCUCUCCUCUAAAUCUAUUCUUAGAAUCUCAGGUAAACUUGGCAGCUCCAUCACCAAUUCUGCCUCUCAAAGCUACACAUGCACACGGAAACCAAGAUGAAACGCCUCUUAAUCUAAAAUUAAACAAAAGGAAACAAAUCUACUCAAAAAAAAAAAAAAAAACUUUGGAGAACAAAAAAAUCUCUCUGACAGCGGCUCGUUUCUACCCGGAGCUGCACCCAUUUCCGGCUUGGAGAUGAGCGUUGUUCGCCUUCUUGUUCUCCUUCUCCUCCUCACACUCUCUCUCGGCAACCUCGCAUUUUCCUUACCAGAAAACGAGGCUCUUCUCAAAUUUAAGAACUCCCUAACUCGGGCUGUUACCUUGGGUAAUUGGGUUUCAGGAUCCAGCCCUUGUAUAAAUGGAUGGGUUGGUGCCAUUUGCUUUGAUGGUUUCGUCACAGGCCUUCAUCUUUCAGACUUGAGUCUCUCAGGAACAAUUGAUAUCGAAGCAUUGCAACAGCUUCCUGGCCUUAGAACCAUCAGUUUUGCUAACAACUCAUUCUCAGGUCCAAUCCCUGAGUUCAAUAAACUUGGUGCAUUAAAAUCACUCUUAUUAUCCCACAAUGAGUUUUCUGGUGAAAUACCAAAUGAUUUCUUCGUCCCUAUGUCAUCUUUAAAGAAAAUUUGGCUCUCUAAUAAUAAAUUCACUGGAAAAAUACCCGGGUCAGUGAUGGAACUACCGCAUCUCAAGGAAUUGCACCUCGAAGGGAACCAAUUCUCUGGACCAAUCCCUCCAUUGAAACAACCCAAGCUACUACUAACCUCCCUGGACCUCUCACACAACAAACUCGAAGGAGAAAUUCCUCCGAGCUUUUCCACAUUCAGUGCCUCUUCAUUUGCUGAAAAUGAUGGACUCUGUGGAAAACCACUCGACAAAGAUUGCUCUUCAAGCCCUCCAGCAAUGGUUGUACCAGGAAGAGCCUCUAUAUCGAAUUCUAAUUCCACAUCACUGUUUGGGGUGAUGAUGUUAGCAUUGAUAGUAAUUCUCAUUUUCUUUGCCAUGUGUCCUUCAAGCAGGACGCAUAAGGACGAUAACUUUAGCAUGUUAGAGAAAGAGAACCUUGAUGAGGUAGUGCUGUCCGUGCGGGGACACGGCUCAAGCAAGAGGCCGUGGUCAGAGAAUAGUCGAAGAGGAAGUGGGUCUACGAAGGGAUCCAGCCAUCACGGAAAGCAUGGUACGGGUGAUCUGAUAAUGCUAAACGAAGAAAAGGGUAGUUUUGGUUUGCAGGAUUUGAUGAAGGCGGCAGCCGAAGUCCUUGGAAAUGGCAGGUUGGGGUCUGCUUAUAAGGCCAUGUUGACAAAUGGAUUGUCAGUAGUAGUAAAAAGGAUGAAGGAGAUGAAUAUGUUGGGAAGAGAUUCGUUUGAUGCUGAAAUGAGGCGGUUUGGGAGGAUAAGGCACAAAAACAUUUUGACUCCAUUGGCGUACCAUUUCAUGAAGGAGGAGAAGCUUAUGGUGUCAGAGUUCAUGCCUAAAGGAAGCUUGUUGUAUUUAUUGCAUGGCGAUCGUGGAUUUUGCCAUACUGAACUCACUUGGGCAACCCGUCUAAAGAUAAUCAAGGGAAUUGCAAGUGGAUUAAGUUUUCUGCAUUCGGAGUAUGCAAACUAUAACCUUCCCCAUGGAAAUCUCAAGUCCAGCAAUGUUCUUUUAAAUGAAACUUACGAGCCACUUCUGGGUGACUAUGCCUUGGAUCCACUAAUCAAUCCCAGUCAUUCUGCACAGGUAAUGUUUGCUUAUAAAUCACCAGAAUAUAUAGUAAACCGUCAGGUUUCUCCCAAGUCAGAUGUGUAUUGUCUCGGAAUCAUCAUUCUUGAAGUGGUCACUGGAAAAUUCCCUUCUCAGUAUCUUAGCAAUGGUAAGGGAGGGACAGAUGUUGUGCGAUGGACCCACCAAGCAAGCUCGGAAGGGAAAGAGAAAGAAUUAAUCGAUCCUGAGAUAGCAAACAAUAGCAGUUCGGAUUCAGUUCAGCAGAUGGUGCAAUUGCUUCGUAUUGGAGCUACUUGCGCUGAAAGUAAUACAGCGCAACGGAUAAAUAUGAGUGAAGCAAUUAGGAGGAUAGAAGAAAUACAGGUUUGAGGAAUUUGAUCAUACACAUAUAGGUUAAUUUGCAAGUUGCUUAAUUUGUUAGGCAAAGAAAGAAAGGUUGUGAGCUUCCAAGUCCAUUCCUUCAUUUACAAAUCAAACGUGGAUGACAAUAGCUCAAGAGAAAGAUGUUGAGUUGAGGAAAGGUAGGCCUACCCUUGAUUUGCUUACCAUAAUUUCUUGAGAAAAACAUCAACAGAAUUUGUAAGACAAAUCUUGGUUGUGGCUUUGAAGAUGAACAACAUCUCCCAAAAAUUGUACAUUAAGAUUUAAGAUCGAUACACUUCUUCUUACA